GGUUUGCACUCGCCCCGGUUUUAUGCUCCUUUCCGGACGGUGAAUCCACGCUCCUCCAGAACGCGUGACCGCAAACCGUUAACGAAAAAGAAUAUGAAAAAAAAUAUAUAGAUAUACACUCAAUAUUUUCUCUGCUUCUCUUCUUCAACCUUAAACAAUCGAAAACGAAGAGAUCAAUCUCUCUCUCUCUCUCUGAAAAAAGUAAAAAGAAAUCCUCCAAUGGGUCCCUUUCCCAAAUCCCUAACUUUCCUUCAAGUUCCUGCACUUUCCAUUGCUUUCUUCCUCUUUCUCUCUACUCUCUUCCCAUUUUUCGCAGCAUCCCAGCUGUCCAUCUACGACCACCUCCACCAAAACGGCCUCCCCAUUGGCCUCCUCCCUAAGGGCAUUACCGACUUUUCAGUCGAGCCCACCACCGGUCACUUCCAGAUAAAUCUAACCCAACCUUGCAAUGCCAAAUUCGAGAACCAGCUACACUACGAUUUCAACAUUUCUGGACUCCUUUCCUUUGGAAUGAUCGGUGAAUUAUCCGGUGUGUCUCAGCAGGAGCUCUUCCUUUGGUUUCCAGUUAAGGGUAUACGCGUCGAUGUCCCCAGCUCUGGUUUGAUAUACUUUGAUGUUGGAGUUGUGGACAAGCAGUUCUCUUUGUCCUUGUUUGAGAACCCUAUCGAAUGCACUGCUGCUGAUCCUAGUGAUGGGCCCAUUGAUUCGCGGGGAUCGGACGACUCUAGGUAUCAACCAGGAAGGCUUGAAUUUGAAAUGGCGCAAGGGAACUUGAGGGCUGCUUUAUAGAUUGCGGAGACAUAUAUAUAUUUUUAAAGGUUUAGAUGUUGCCUCUGGAUUCUUCAUGCCAAAAGAGACUGCUGGGGAGUUUGGUUUGACAGAUCCUAUGUCUUUUGUAUGUGUGCUUGUUUGCUGUCCUGUACAGAUUUUUAGGCCUGAUACUUCUGAGUUCUGUCUCUGCAUUGAGAAGUAUAGCAGUUUUGACCAAGAGAAGAGAAAAGAACAGUUAAUAAGCAUCGGAUCUUAUUUUUCAUGAAGAUUCGUGAGAUGAGGACCCUUAUUUUCAGCUGGUAAGUUUGCUGGAGAUUUACUUGGUUGCUGUUGUCAUACCACUAUACAUACAGAUGUAUGAGCGUGUUGCAAUUGUGUUGUUGUAAAUGGAGAGAAUUGUUUGUGUUUGUACAUUGUUAUCAUUAAGUGUCAGUCACAUGUGAUAAACUAAACUACCAUUAAAUUAUGUCUUCAUGUGUGUUGGCUGUUUUUGUUCCUCAACUUUUUAUUCUUAUAUUGGCAGUCACGGUUAUCUGA